GUUUGUUCUUCUACUUUGUUUCUUGGAAAGUCCUGUCACCUUUAUCUACUGUGCAUUACAUUACACUAUAUUAUAUAUGAAUUAGUUAUAUAUGAAUUAGCCAUUUGUUGCUGAAUGUAAGUAAAAUUCUUGGUGUUUCUUCAAUCAUGGCUUUCUCUUCCAUCUUUUGCCAUUCUCCGUCACUAUUGAAGAUUGAUCACUUGGGGCAGACUGAAAAACCUUGUGGUAGAGUUCAAAAGGGGCAAAAGUUUCCUUUCUCUGUCAGAAGUAAUGGUGCUGAGACUGAACUUUGUAACCAGAGUCAACUUAGUCAGAGAAGUAGAGUCAGAGAUUGGAGUUUCAUGAGAGGAUCAAGAGUUGCUAUGAAACCAAAAAUCUUGAGAUUGGCUCCUUCUCGAAAAGCCCCUCGUGUAUAUGCUUCAUGGUUGUCAGGAUCAGAACUUGCUAGCACUGCCUUUACAUUAGGAACAACCGCAGUGCUUCCAUUUUACACACUAAUGGUUCUAGCUCCAAAUUCUGAACUAACUAAGAAGUCUAUGGAAAGUAGUGUACCAUAUAUUGGGCUUGGAGUUCUAUAUGCAUAUUUAUUGCACCUUUCUUGGACCCCUGAGACAGUUGGACUUAUUUUUGCAAGCAAAUAUUUGCUACCAGAGCUGACUAGUAUAGGGAAAAUGUUCUCCAGUGAGAUGACUUUAGCCUCAGCAUGGAUUCACCUUUUGGUUAUUGAUCUCUAUGCUGCAAGACAUGUUUUUCUGGAUGGACUUGAGAAUCAGAUUGAGACAAGACAUUCAGUUUCUCUGUGCUUGUUCUUUUGCCCUAUUGGUGUUCUUACUCAUGUCAUCACCAAAGCAACGACUAAAAGUGGCAAGCGUGGAUUAUAGAGGGAACAUGCUUGCACUCCCACAGAACAAAACAAGAAUUUUAUUUUAAGUUUAAGAAUUUCAGAAAUUCAUGUUCAUGUUUUUAAAUUUGUAAUUGUCAUUGGAAUUCCUCCAUCAAAAUAUCAUAUUAUUAGUAAA